CGCGGCGCCUUCUCUUUAUAAGCCCGCAGUGCCCGGAUGUGAAUGGAUUACAAUGUAUCUUUCAGGGGAACCUAUUAUCAUCAAUGUGACUCCACGGGGGAGUCCAUGGUGAUGGUGAUGAGGAGGAGGAGGAGGAUGAUGAGACACUUCUAAACUUGGAACAAGUUUAAGACUUGAUGAGAGGAGAAGAGAAAAAACCCCACCACCACCAAGAUUGGUUUGAGGAAAAAUGAUAACUAUCCUGUAUUGAUUUUUUUUGUAAACAAUAAGAAAAAGUUGUUGGAUUUUUUUUUAAUGAUUUCUUUUUUGGGGGAGGGGAUUUUGUUGCAGUUUUAUGGUGGAAAAUGCAAAAACCACAGCCAGGUGCAUAGUCUUAUAUACUGUGGAUAUCCCUGGAGCAGGACUGAGUGCCAGUUAAAGUACAUUUUUGGGGGACACACAUGUGAGAUACUAAGUACUUGCAGAAGAUUUUUGUUUCUCUUUUUAAAGUCACUUUCCUUGGAAUAUUGUGAGCAUAUUUGUGGCCAUUUAAGGUUUGUGUGAUUUUGCUAAAAUGCAUCACCAACAGCGAAUGGCUGCCUUAGGGACGGACAAAGAGCUGAGUGAUUUACUGGAUUUCAGUGCGAUGUUUUCACCUCCUGUGAGCAGUGGGAAAAAUGGACCAACUUCUUUGGCGAGUGGACAUUUUACUGGCUCAAAUGUAGAAGACAGAAGUAGCUCAGGGUCCUGGGGGAAUGGAGGACAUCCAAGCCCGUCCAGGAACUAUGGAGAUGGGACUCCCUAUGACCACAUGACCAGCAGGGACCUUGGGUCACAUGACAAUCUCUCUCCACCUUUUGUCAAUUCCAGAAUACAAAGUAAAACAGAAAGGGGCUCAUAUUCAUCUUAUGGGAGAGAAUCAAACUUACAGGGUUGCCACCAGCAGAGUCUCCUUGGAGGUGACAUGGAUAUGGGCAAUCCAGGAACCCUUUCGCCCACCAAACCUGGUUCCCAGUAUUAUCAGUAUUCUAGCAAUAACCCCCGAAGGAGGCCUCUUCACAGUAGUGCCAUGGAGGUACAGACAAAGAAAGUUCGGAAAGUUCCUCCAGGUUUGCCAUCUUCAGUUUAUGCUCCAUCAGCAAGCACUGCCGACUACAAUAGGGACUCGCCAGGCUACCCUUCCUCGAAACCAGCAGCCAGCACUUUCCCUAGCUCCUUCUUCAUGCAAGAUGGCCAUCACAGCAGUGACCCUUGGAGCUCCUCCAGUGGGAUGAAUCAGCCUGGCUACGGAGGGAUGCUGGGCAAUUCUUCCCAUAUUCCACAGUCUAGCAGCUACUGUAGCCUGCAUCCACACGAACGUUUGAGCUACCCAUCACACUCCUCAGCAGACAUCAAUUCCAGUCUUCCUCCAAUGUCCACUUUCCACCGUAGUGGUACCAACCAUUACAGCACCUCUUCCUGUACGCCUCCUGCCAACGGGACAGACAGUAUAAUGGCAAAUAGAGGAAGCGGAGCAGCAGGCAGCUCCCAGACUGGAGAUGCUCUGGGGAAAGCACUUGCUUCGAUCUAUUCUCCAGAUCACACUAACAACAGCUUUUCAUCAAACCCUUCAACUCCUGUCGGCUCUCCGCCUUCUCUCUCAGCAGGCACAGCUGUUUGGUCUAGAAAUGGAGGGCAGGCCUCAUCAUCUCCUAACUAUGAAGGACCCUUGCACUCCUUGCAAAGCCGGAUUGAAGAUCGUUUAGAAAGACUGGAUGAUGCCAUUCAUGUUCUCCGAAAUCAUGCAGUGGGCCCGUCUACCGCUAUGCCUGGCAGUCACGGGGACAUGCAUGGGAUCAUUGGACCUUCUCAUAAUGGAGCAAUGGGUGGUCUGGGCUCAGGGUAUGGAACCGGUCUUCUUUCAGCCAACAGACAUUCACUCAUGGUCGGGGCCCAUCGUGAAGACGGAGUGGCCCUGAGAGGCAGCCAUUCUCUUGUGCCAAACCAGGUUCCAGUCCCACAGCUUCCUGUCCAGUCGGCCACCUCCCCUGAUUUGAACCCGCCCCAGGACCCGUACAGAGGCAUGCCCCCAGGCCUGCAGGGCCAGAGCGUCUCCUCCGGCAGCUCUGAGAUCAAAUCCGACGACGAGGGCGAUGAGAACCUGCAAGACACGAAAUCUUCCGAGGACAAGAAACUAGAUGACGACAAGAAGGAUAUCAAAUCAAUUACUAGGUCAAGAUCUAGCAAUAAUGACGAUGAGGACCUGACACCUGAGCAGAAGGCGGAGCGUGAGAAGGAGCGGAGGAUGGCCAACAAUGCCCGUGAGCGCCUGCGCGUCCGCGACAUCAACGAGGCUUUCAAGGAGCUGGGCCGCAUGGUGCAGCUCCACCUCAAGAGUGACAAGCCGCAGACCAAGCUCCUGAUCCUCCACCAGGCCGUGGCCGUCAUCCUCAGCCUGGAGCAGCAGGUCCGAGAGAGGAAUCUGAACCCUAAAGCUGCGUGUCUGAAAAGAAGGGAGGAAGAAAAGGUAUCCUCGGAGCCGCCCCCGCUGUCUUUGGCGGGCCCUCACCCUGGAAUGGGAGACGCUUCGAACCACAUGGGACAGAUGUGAAAGGGUCCAAGCUGCCACAUUGCUUCAUUAACACAAGAGACCACUUCCUUAACAGCUGUAUUAUCUUAAACCCACAUAAACACUUCUCCCUGACCCCUUUUUUGUAAUAUAAGACAAGUCUGAGUAGUUAUGAAUCGCAGACGCAAGAGGUUUCAGCAUUCCCAAUUAUCAAAAAAC